UCACGGCGCUCGCGUGUUUAGUUUGCCGUUGCUGUGGCAGCCGUGGCCUUUGUGGCCUGGCUGCGAAACGUUCGGGCAGGACGGAGGCACCGGGGAACACCAGCGGCAGCUCGGCCGCUUUCUCCUCCUCCUCCCCUUCUCCAUCCCCGCCGCAGUCGCUCACCUUGCUGGUGAUGCAGCCCUGCGGCGGGGACGGAGAGGCGGUGGGCGCCAUGCUGCAGCCUCAGGUGGUGCAGCCCGCGCAGGCUGUCUCCAAGGCGCCGUCCGCCCAAGGCAGCCUCAUGCUCUUCUACGAGCUGGGGCCCGCGGGAGAGGCCGAAGGGGGGGACAGCGAAGCCGGCCACGGGGCCACGGGUGCGGACGGCGCGUGUAGUCCUACCGGCGGCCUGGAAGACCUGGACGACGAGGAUGAGAGUGGCGCCCAGUCCGGGGGAGGCGGGAGCGGCGGCGGGUGCAAAAGCUGCACGUACGAGGGUUGCAACGAGACCACCACCCAAGUGGCCAAGCAGCGCAAGCCGUGGAUGUGCAAGAGGCACCGCAACAAGAUGUACAAGGAUAAGUACAAGCGCAAGAAGAGCGACCAGGCCCUCGGAGGGGGCGGCGGCGGCGGCGGUGCAGGCGGCGGUGGAGGAGGAAACGCCCCCUGCUCGGCUACCGCGGUGGUGGCGGCGGCGGCGGUGGUGGCGGCGGCCGGAGCUGCCCUUUCGGGGAGCAGUGGGCGAAUCGAGGAUUGCACUGAAACUUCCGUUUCUGUAUCAAAGCAAAGAACAGGUAAUAUUGGAGAUCGGCCUGCAAAACCUACACUUUUGGAACAGGUGCUAAAUCAGAAAAGGCUGUCACUUCUGAGAAGUCCUGAAGUUGUACAAUUUCUGCAAAAACAACAACAACUGCUAAGUCAACAAGCAUUGGAACAAAGACAGCAGUUUUCAGGAACACCAAUGUAACAGCAACAGUUUCAUAGCAGAAGUAAACUCUAUUAUAAUGAGGUCUACUGAAUUUCUGAAAUUUGUUGUAGUUGGCUUCGUUUUCUGUACUGCCCUUUUGCUUUUUUCUUUGGUUUUAUUUGAAAUUGACGUUUUAAGUUAUUUUUAUGAGCUUUGUGCAGCUUCUCCCUUCAAUUAGAAACUUCCAUUGAUUCAUUUUGGAAGUUAUAUUGAUGAUUUUGGGAAAGGUAAACUGAUAAACAAUAAGCUGCUUUUUAUUUUAUGCAAACCUUGCAUAAAGUUAUUAUUUUAUGACAUUCAUUGAAGAAAACAAUAGUUACUUUCUAUGGAAGUUUUAAACAGUGAACUUUGAGCCACUCCAGUAACUUCUUGUUCAGGAAGCCACAUCUGAGUUUAUUUUACUAACUAGGGGACUGUAGCAAGAUUUGGUUCACAGUCCCAUUACUGUUGUUAGAUUUGUCUCCCAGGCAAUCUAAUUGAUAAUUUUAUAUUACAUUAUAAAUAAUGUGUUCCAGGUUUGUAUUAAUGUUAUGUACAUUUUGUACACAUGGUUGAAUAUUUAGUGUAUUUCAGUAUAUUACUGCCAGGAUUCAUUAAGAGGCAUUUAUUUAAAUUUAUUUAUAUUAUUGUUGCAUUUUAAUGACUUAUUUGUACUAAGGAACACUCAUAGUUUAUAUAAGACUAUUUUAAAGCAUCAUUUUGUAUAUUUGUAAUUUUUGAACUCUUUCUUAACAUGCAGUUUUUUUAAAAAAACUUUUUGUAAAAUGUCAUUUAAGUUAAUUUUUUACAUCCGACUUUUUAAGGAUUUUGUAAUUGUAUAAAUUAGGUUGACUCCAGUGUAAUGAAUAACAUGAAUCAAUCUAAGGGCUCAGUCAUUACAUGGUUCUGUUGUAAUUAUAAGUCUGAAUCCAAGCCAUCAUGUAUAAUUGGUAUUGUCUUCUACAUUAUCAUAUCCUGAUUACUUAGUAUUUCUCAGCAAAGACCUUAGUGGGUGACUUUGGGCCACUCACUCUUUCUCUCAGCCCAACUCACCUCAGUGUUGCUGUUGUGGGGAAAAAUAGGAAAUGAGUAUUAGAUACAUUCUCUGCCUUAUAUAAAUAAUGGAGGAUUAAAAAAAUAAACUGUUUCA